AUGGCUAUCAUUCACAUUGUCCAAUUCGGCUUCAAGCCGGAAGUCUCCGAAGAGAAAAUCGCUGAGAUCUGCCAUCAUUUUAUGUCCUUGAAGGACAAAUGCAUCCAUCCCACUUCUCAGAGACCUUACGUCAAAUCGGCCGUCGGCGGACGGAACGAUUCUCCCGAGGGCCUCGCGGGAGGCGUCACACACGCCUUUGUGAUGGAGUUUGAAAAUGAUGAAGACCGGACGUAUUAUCUAGAGAAGGAUCCGGCGCAUUUGGGGUUCGUGAGUGUUGUGAAGGACCUUGUUGAGGCUGCCCGCGUGGUCGACUUCAAGCCGGGUAAAUUCUAA